AUGGUAUUGGACCAGAUGAAGGAUGUUCGAAAGUCAGCAAUAACACAAGAUGUAAAACGUAUCAAUUCCUCUUACACCAUUAUCUCCUCUUCAUCUCGUCAGCAUCCUUCGUCUUUGUUUCACCCUCUUCCAAUUCCUCUUGCCUCCCUCACCAAUCCUCCAUUUUACUGCAACUCAAAAGAGAAUUCAGCCCCAUUUACGAUCUUAGAGAUUGGAAGGCAGGCAGUGAUUGUUGUUUAUGGGAUGGGGUCUCAUGCAAUAUGGAAACAGGUUAUGUUGUUGGCCUUGACUAACUACAGCCUUCAUGGUCCUCUGCGUUCGAACAGCAGCCUUUUCAGGUUGCUUCAUCUUCGAAAGCUCAACCUUGUAAACAACAACUUCAGUUCAUGUUCAAUUCCCUCUGAGUUUGGCCAGCUUUCCAGCAACCUCACGUCGUUGACACUUCGCAAUGCAAAAUUUGCAAGGAAAGUACCAAAUUCAAUCGGUAACCUCAAAUCCUUGGAUGAAUUGGCAAUUUUUUCAGUGGUCAGCUUCCAUCUACACUUGGCAACCUUGCAAAAAUCCAGGAACUUCACCUCGGAGGAAAUGAAUUUACUGAUAACUUUUUCCAUGGAAGCCUCCAAAUAUCACUCCCAUAUGGAAGAUAUCUAUUUCCGUAACAACAGUUUGACAGGUUCAAUCCCAUCCCAUACUUUUGGUAACUUGACCUUCCUUCAUAUCCUAGAUUUGUCAAGCAACUCAUUGAAUGGAGCCAUCCCUUUCUCUUUACUUACGUUGCCUUCUUUUCGAGAGCUACGUAUGGAUGACAAUCAGUUUAUAGGCCUUGAGGAUCUUGAAGUGCUUGAUGCAUCAAAUAACCAUCUGGAUGGUACUAUUCCUCAAUGUUUGGAAAACUUGGAUGGUUCUCUUAGGGUGCUCAAUCUUCAAAGAAACAGCUUCCUUGGGAAUAUUCCUCAAAUCUGCAGAGAUAGAAGCACAUUAAUGACAUUGGACUUGAGUCACAACCAACUAUAUGGAAAUAUUCCAAAGUCGUUUGUCAAAUGCAAAAACUUAGACAUUUUAAAUCUCGGACACAAUCAACUAAGUGAUACAUUCCCGUUUUGGUUGCAAGAUUUGCAGAGGCUUCCAGUUCUAGUAUUAAGCUCCAAUAAAUUUCGUGGCGCAAUAUGGUGUCCUCGUGAUUUUUUUGGCUUUAUGACAUUGAAAACCUUUGAUCUUUCUCAUAAUGGUUUUACCGGAAACUUACCUUUGGAAUAUUUUAGAAAUUGGACUUCCAUGAGUUCUAAAGUUUCCAAAAUGGGAUUUGAGUUAGAUGCAUUAUACAAUGAAAAAGGGACCUAUAAUGAUUCGGUGAAGAAAAUAUGUAAGGGACAAGAAAUGGAGUUGGUCAAGACUCUAACAGACUUCAUAUCAAUUGAUCUCUUUAACAAUAAAUUAGAUGGAGAAAUUCCAAGUACGUUAUGGCAUCUCAGAUCUCUAGUUAUGCUGAAUUUGUCAAGCAACAGUUUUAGUGGACUCAUCCCAUCAUCUUUAGGAAAUCUAAAAGAGCUUGAAUCAUUGGACCUGUCUAAUAAUAAGCUCUUUGGUAAAAUCCCUCAGCAAUUGACAGCCCUCACUUUUUUGGCAUAUUUAAACUUGUCUCACAAUCAACUUGUGGGUCAAAUACCACAAGGUGGACAGGUUUCUACAUUUCAAGAUUCUUCUUUUGAGGGUAACAUGAGAUUGUGUGGUCUUCCAUUGUCCAGAAAAUGUGAAAGCCCUCACUUGGCAGCUUCUGAUGGUGUCAACAAUAAUGAGAAAUCAGAUUCCAUAUUUAGUUUUGGAUGGAAAGCUGUAGUGGUGGGAUAUGGAUGUGGACUGCUAAUUGGAAUGGUGGCUAGACAUGUGGUCACCUCAAGGAGGCCGGAUUUGAUUUCCAAAGUUUUUUGGGGGAACCAGUUUGCUACAUUUAAAACAAGUUCAUAUGAUGGGAACUUGGGGUUACGUGGUUAUCCAGUAGCAGCAAAAUGUGGGAGUUAUGUGGCCUUAAAAUCACCACCACCAGCUUCUCAAGAAUCAUGGUUUCAUUUUGCAUUUGUUUGGGUGACAUUUUUGCCAGGAUGUUUUAGUGGGCUGGUAGUUGGAAUUGUUACGGGGAAUAAUGUUGUACUUGAAGAAGCAAUUUUGGUUUAUGGAGAUUUUGCACCUGUGGGAAGGGAAAAGGAUAUUUAUAAGGAGGAGGACGUGAGGGUUUAG